UCAAAACGUUAGUUAUAGCAACAUUGUCACUGUAGAUUUUUUCAUUCACAAUUUACGAAUUACAACAUUUGUAUAGGAUAAAAACAGUACAUUAGAAACACAUUGUUGAAUAGUCAGCCUUAUUGAUUGAUUGACUGACAGCUCACAUGACCUUUACGCCCGUCUUAGUUGACUGGUUACUCUGACCUAGGUAUCUAGUCAGCGGAUUUAUAAACAUAACAUGCGCGGCUCUGUUUGAUGGACUUUAUGCGGGUAACUGCAAGACCCAAAAAACAUGGUUCUACGUGUUUGUGUAAUUGGUUGCGGUGCGGCUGGACUGGGUGCAUUGCGACAUUUAUCAGCCAGACCAGAGACAUUCCAGGGUGUUGGUUUCGAAAUGGCGGCAGAAGUUGGUGGUACAUGGAGAUACACAGACAAUGUUGGUACUGACAAAAAUGGUUUGCCGAUCCAUACAAGCAUGUACAAGAAUCUCAGAACAAACAUACCAAAAGAAGUGAUGGGAUUUCCGGGAUACCCUCUUCCAAGUCACCUUCCUUCAUUCUGCGAUCACAAAGAUGUUCUUCAAUAUCUGGAGGAAUAUGCUGAUCACUUUGAUUUACGCAAAUUAAUAAAGUUCAAUACAAAAGUGGAGAGCGUGACUCCACUGUCUUCACACAGUAAAACAGCAUGGAGGGUAGACUACUCUUUCGUUAACUCUUCAACAAAUACUGAGACUGGAAGUUCUGUCUUUGACGCCGUUAUAGUUUGCAAUGGCCAUUACUCUGUACCGUUGGUACCCGAACUGGAAGGCAUGAAUGAGUUUCGCGGAACAAUAAUUCAUAGCCACGAUUACCGGGAUCCGGAAAAGUUUCAAAAUAAGGUUGUCGUCUGCUUGGGAGGCGCGGCUUCCGGCCAAGACAUUUGUUUAGAUAUUGCGCCUGUUGCUAAAAAGAUAAUCAUAAGCCACGAUAGGCCAAGAAUAGCUUCACCUCUCCCGGUAAACGUAUUUCAGCAAGUAGGUAUCGCUCGGCUUACACCUAACUCUGUUAUAUACAAGAACGGUACCGAAGAAGAGGCGGAUGUUUUGUUGCUCUGUACCGGAUAUAGAUACAGCUUCCCUUUCUUGACGGAAGAGUGCCAGUUAAAAAUCAGCGGGGAAAGAAUUACCCCGUUGUAUAAACAUAUAAUACAUACAAAAUUCUAUACGCUCUCUUUUAUCGGCAUGUGCAAAAUCAUAUGUCCAUUUCCCCAGUUUGAUAACCAAGUAAAAUUCGUUCUAUCUUCCCUUGAUGGAACGCAGAAGUUACCAAGUACGGAAGAUAUGGAUCAUGACACGGAGUCGGACUACCAAAAGCGACUGAGCGAGGGACUUCCUCAUAGAUAUGCUCACUUUAUGGGACCACGCCAAUGGGAAUACAAUGAUGAACUUGCUAGGCUAGCGGGAUUCGAACCCAUUCCAAAAGCAAUACAAAUGUUAUACAAUGAAGUCCAUAGAACUCGAGUUCAAGAUUUAUCCAAUUACAAAACAAAACAAUAUCGCAUAACAGGGGAGGCUACCUAUGAGAUAUUGGAUACUGAAUGAAAUGUUUGUUGUUUAAUAAGUUUUAUUUUUCAAAAUUCCAGAAGGCCAAAUGGCCCAUGAGGACAAACAAAACAUAAUACAUGACAGGACAGUGUUUUACAAAAAUUUAAUGCAUACAAUGCUACAUAGUUAAUCGAAGAAGGUAUACAAUAAAUUGCAUAUCAUUUACAAAACGUAUCAAACAUUUAAGAAUACGUGAUAAUACAAAAAUAAUUAUUUCAUUAAAGUAAUAUAAAUCAGUGCUUAACAGAGCUUAUCACAUUUUGAUUUUUAAACAUGUUACAGAAUUUUGUCAUUUCACAUAUAUUUUUGUUUAGUAAACAGAGGAUACAUGUAGUAGCAUUUGAUUACUAAAUAUAUUACAUUAUUGUUUUAUACUAAGUGGGUAAAUGUAGUUGCAUUCGAUCAAUAGAUAUGUUAUAUCCUGUAUGCUUAUACAUACACAUAUAUACAUAUGAUGUUAAUGUUAAGUAAUUUUUAGUACAUCAUUAUCAUAUAUAUCUUGGUCGAUAUCUAACUUUUUGAAGAGGGAGAGUGAUACCGUCUGGGAUAUUAAUUGUGGCCUUUGAUUAAUACUGUACCUGAUGCGGAAAUCCAAAAUAUAAACUAACGAUGCUUAUAUUAAAGUUAAAAGCUUCAUUCUUAAUUUAUUUUGCUAUUGGUCUCCUUUCGUUUUUUAAAUUUUAAGUUAAUGAACUGAAUGUUAUUUAAACGAAAGCUUAUGAACAUCACAAAUAAUAUGUAUUUGUAUAUUUUAAUCUCUUCACUUCUCUUUAGUAAUUGGGAAAUGCUUUUGUGCUUAUUAUGCUAUAUCCUUAAACGUUUAAUUCUAUUUUCUUUACACAUAAAGUAUAUUUGUAUAAACUGAGGUGUAACUUUAUUAAAUAUAGUGGAUUAAAUCUAUUUUACAUUUCACAUAGUCGUGCGAGCAACAGCAAGCCUCACAGAUCCAAAUCCGUGAGAUGCCCGUACGAGCUCCUCCGGGGCCCGUGCGCUUCCCGUACGGGGCUCUUGCGAGCUGCUUCUGAACUCGUUACUUUCUGCUAGCUAGUAAAGAACUCGGAAGCUCGGUUAAACAUUUUCACUGAAUUCCCGAGUCCUCUACGAGUUCAAAAAAUCCGCACGACGGUCCUACGAAUCAACGAUGUCCGUGUGGACGCCGUACGAGUUUGCCAAAAUUCGACUAAAAACCUAUUCGUACGGAGCGCGUAGCGUUCUUGUGACCAGGGUAUUAGCUGGUCACAUAUAGAAUCUACGAAAAAUUCAUUUAAAGCAAUAAAAUAUUAACAAUGUUAAAAUGUGCAUAUCAGAGCUGUGCAGUGUCAAUGUGACAUUUACACAAUUGGAACAGAACAGAACAGAACAUAUUCUUUAUUUCCGGUAACUUAAACAAUAUAAUGUUUCUCGUUACAUAGCAUUAGUAUAGAGUAUAUUUAUGUGUCACUAAGGACGGUGAACAAAAUCAGAUAGUGAAAUAAAUACAUGUGCUUAUAGAGGGUGAACUAAAAUAGCAACCGUAACAUGUGAUAUUUACUUGAAGUAUACAAUAUAUGAAUGCAAAGCAAAUGGAACAUUGUUGUCGUCGGAGCUAUGGGUACAGUAUUAGCAUUGAUAUCCACCUAGAUAAGUAACCAGUGAAUUAACUAAGACAAGACAAAUUGGACAUCUCACUCUUAUACUGAUGUCAUAUGAGAUGUGGUUGUAAGUUAGAACCCUGGUGGCAACUGAACCGCUGACCUCCAGGUUGAGUGGCCGAAACUUUAAUGCUAGACCACCACUUCCUAGAUAUCAAAUUAUAUAUCUAAUUUUGGUUAAAAAUAUUUUUUUUGUAUCUGCGACUAGCUGGAGUAAGUGAUCGGAAUGCUGCUGGAAUUAAUUCCUCUUGAAAUGUUAUAAAAUUUUCUCUCGUUAAAAAUCAGAUGAAUCUUGAAACCCAGUGACAGAUAAUUACAAAGUUGUCGAUGAAUUUAUACUAAGUUUAUUAAUAGGGACACGGUGGGGCGUAUUUAAGAUGAAUGUUGUCUUUGAACAAUAAGCAUACUAAAUUAAUUGCAUAUCAAUUAGAAUCUUGAUUAUUUGUCGAAUUCUUUU